UCUGAACAGUGAGGUCGUACACCUCUAGCCCCUGAAAUCGUGCACACACGCGAGAACGUCGAAAAAAAUACCAUCGGUUUUUUAAUGAUAAACUUUGGACAUGAAAUAAAAAACUUAAUUAUGAGUUUAAAGUGAUUUUGUGAUAAAGCGAGAAGCCGACAAUAUGCCCAUCAUACAGUCGUGUUGCUGCUGGCGGAGCCUCCGUCGAGGAUGUUACGCCGCUGCUCUUUAUACCAUGGUCUACUUCUCGGUGACCAUAGUGACAAUGGGUCAUUUUAUCGAAGUAGAGCAGCGGUAUCUGAACGGAGACAUGGUUGAACCGGAGUCAGAGAGCUUCCUUGAACCGGAAAAAAUUACUCCAAUAACUGUCUCACUGAACAUCACUCUGCUGGCUUGCAGUACACUAGGCCUUAUUGCGUGCGUCCUUCUGAUAUUCGGUGUACAUAAGGAUAUAAAAUUCAUGCUGUUGCCGUGGGUUUUCGCAAUGGGACUGGAGACGCUGGUUGAGGUUGUCAAUCUCGUGUACCUGUUCUAUCUACAAACGCUCAACUUCAAUCCAAUCACUUCGUUUUUGUUCACCCUCGACUUUUUCAUCAUUGUUCUGAACAUUUACGCCAUGGUGUGUGUUAUCUCCCAGUUUCAAGAAUACCUCGAGGGAAGAGGUACAGCUGCAUUUGACUACUCCGACAGGCAGCUAGCAGCGGUGCAAUAUACUGCCACAGCGCAGCAUACCACUACCACCAGCUCGGCUCCCAGCGGCCGUCGUCGCUCGGCGCCACGCCCUCUACCAAGCCGAUGUGAUCCUGAGGACUUUUCUGAGGCUCCCACUAGAGUCAUAGCGGCGUCUGUUUUGUCAAAGCCGAGCCGAUCUGCAGUCAAGAAGCACGUGCAGUUCCCUGAUGAGCAGAGUUGUAUCGAAGAAGCGUCAGAAGUGCCCACCGAGGAAAAAACAGACCGGCGCGUGAUCAGCUCCCUGUGGAUGGAGCUGGAGUCGGAGACGCCUGCACCAGAGCGCUGACGGCGGCGCAGCGAGCAGUACCACCGGCCGGUGACACGAGCUCGCAUCGAACGACGCAAGAUGUCCGCUGUCGGGGUGCCGCCCGCUACCAAGGAUUCUUAUUUGUAAUUCCCCUCAAAACACACUUUAACCGUGUGACAGAAAAUUCAUCGAAAUAUUUUCUUAACAGCGGACCCGUGUUUUGUUCUUAAAAGUCGAUAUACCUAAAUUAUAGCCUAAUUCAAUUGAUUUUCCCCUUUUAACAUCGAUAUACUUUAGCUAAAGUGUUUUUUUCGAAAUGUAACUGAAGUUGUUUAAAAUUGAUAUAAAAUUUACAAUCCCAAAUCACAUUGAAAUAUUAUAGUUCAUUUAUCUUUCUUUAUCACAAAAAUUUACCACCAUACAAUAAUAUCGAACUUAAGACUAAUUUAAAUUUAAUGGUUAAAAAUGUUAAAGUAGGUUAUUUUAGAAAAAACAACUUUAAUCUACGUAAAAUCCUUGCAUUUUAAAAGUUAAUUAAUUAGACCUAAGAACUUGAUGAUAUUUUAAGAGCAAAUUAAUUAUUUGACAGUAAUGAAGGUUGCUUGGUACUGUAGUGGUAUCGGCAAUCCGUCACUCAAAAACGAUGCAACGCUGGGUAGAUAAAUCAGGCGCAAUUUUAAUACAUAAAUUGCAUUAUAUCUUUUACCCUACAUAACAUCAUUUUUAUAAAAGUCAAAGUAAUCAUAAUAAAUAGAUGUUAUUUCGUAAUGCCAGCUCGAAUGGGCACGAUCCCGACACCAUUAUUUAUGACAUCAAUACCUUAUGUUUUGAUAUAUGGCUGUAUUUAUUCCCUAAUCAAUACAAAGCUAUGUACGUAGAGUGAUUUCGUUGUUUAUUUUUACAGAGGCGGUAACUUUUUUUCCUAACAGUGUAAAUUAUGAGACGGGAGCUGUUCAAUCGUAUAGAAAAUAAUUGCUCACUCCUGUUCUAUAAAAAUAUAUUGCUAUUAUUUAUCACUGAAAUAGCUGAUCAGAGAACACCAUCAGGCUUAAAUAUUUGACUCUAGAACAUAAUCUCUCGGAUAUUUUCUUUGCUUUUAAGCCAUACAAAGUUGUCAAGCUUAAUGCAAACAUGAUAAGGGAGACUUGUGUGCUGACAUCUGUGUGCACAAGCAUUAAUUAAAGGAAACGACGUUUAGUCGGGCCAAGUUUGUUUUGUAGUUUUAAUAUGUAGAAUUACAUAUUGAUAUCAUGGCCCCGCUUUUUGUAAUACACUGAUAUAAUUUAUAAAAUAUAAUUUACUCGAAACUUUAUAGUGUCAGUUGGUAAUUAGCCGUUUAAAAUGGUUAAAAAAAACGGGCCCGCAAAGAAAAACAAAAACUAUUCUGCGUUUAUUAUAUUUCACGAAGCUUUUACAAUUCUAUAGUAACAUUAUCACACUGUCACUUGUAGAUUACUUCUUUUGAAGAAAAGAUGAGGGACUAUGUGUGACAAAUAAUAAAUCUUUUCUAAAUACUAUUUUUGGAGUAAUUUCGUAUUAGAAAUCAGCUUUGUACUAUAAUUUUAUUUCAAAUAACUAUAAGGUGACCAAAUAAAGGACCACAGGAUGUGUACCGUGUAAAUUGUAUCUCUGGGCAGUCAAAUACUAGUGAAAUGUUAUGUGUUUGGGUAAAAUAUAAAAAAAAAAAAUAAUAAGUAUAGGGCGAUCGUAUUGCCAGAGAACA